GAAUCAUAACCAGACCUGACUAAUGACCAUAACCUGACCAAGCAAGGGGCUGCGACUGCGCACAGAACGCCAUUCGCUAUUUGCUAUUUAGCAUUGUUGCUGAUGAUAUCCUGCUGCCUUGUAAUGUUUCAUUUUUAGGCAAAUAAGAUUGAAACAAUGGCCUCAGCAGUACGUCAACAACUUGCAAAUUUGACCCAUUCUGGUGGUUCUCAUAAAGAUCAAGCUGAAAAGUACAAAGCGAUCUUGGAUGCGAUAUGUGCAACGUCCGGUGAGGAGCUCUCUGAGAAUUUGAAAGUGUUCAUUGAAGCAAUUGUUAACGAGAAUGUUAGUUUGGUUAUUUCCAGACAAGUACUAACUGAUGUAAGUAGCCGAUUGCAAGUUGUACCAGAUCAAAUUUCAAAAGCUGUUUCACACUUCACAUUAGAUAAGGUACAACCUAGAGUCAUCUCUUUCGAAGAGCAAGUUGCAAGUAUAAGACAACACUUAGCUGACAUAUAUGAACGAGAACAGAACUGGCGUGAAGCAGCUAAUGUACUCGUUGGUAUACCUUUAGAGACUGGACAAAAGCAAUAUACAGUUGAUUACAAACUUGAAACAUAUCUCAAAAUAGCAAGACUCUAUUUGGAAGAUGAUGAUCCUAUUCAAGCUGAAGCAUUUAUUAAUAGAGCUUCCCUUUUACAGGCCGAAUCUAAAAAUGAGCAAUUACAGAUUUACUAUAAAGUUUGUUACGCAAGAGUACUGGAUUAUAGAAGAAAGUUUAUUGAAGCAGCUCAAAGAUAUAAUGAAUUAUCAUAUAGAUCUAUCAUUCAUGAAGAUGAGCGCAUGACUGCUCUAAGAAAUGCUCUUAUUUGUACAGUACUUGCUUCAGCUGGUCAACAGAGAAGUCGUAUGUUAGCAACAUUAUUCAAAGAUGAAAGAUGCCAACAGUUACCAGCUUACUCAAUAUUGGAAAAAAUGUAUUUGGAUAGAAUUAUUCGUAGAUCAGAACUCCAAGAAUUUGAAGCACUUUUACAACCACAUCAGAAAGCAUGUACAUCUGAUGGGUUAGGUUCUACAAUUCUGGAUCGAGCUGUCAUUGAACAUAACUUACUAUCUGCUAGUAAGCUGUACAAUAACAUUACUUUUGAAGAAUUAGGAUCACUUCUUGAAAUUCCACCAGGUAAAGCUGAAAAAAUUGCAAGUCAAAUGAUAACUGAGAGUAGAAUGAAUGGAUACAUAGAUCAAAUUGAUUCUAUCGUACAUUUUGAAACUCGAGAAAGUCUACCCACAUGGGACAAACAAAUUCAGUCUCUUUGUUAUCAAGUGAACCAAAUUAUAGAAAAAAUUGCUCAAACUGAACCAGAAUGGAUAGCUAAAGCUAUGGAAGAUCAGAUGGUGCACUGAAUUUUUUAAGAGUUAAUUUAAGUAAUAUUAAGUUCUCACAAUCGUUCUAAUGUGUAAGUUUGAAAAUAUGAUUGCUCCAUGUGUAUGAUGUACCAUCAGUGCCACAAUCAACCAAGAAAAACAAAGCUUAUAAUACGAAUAUAAUAUUUAUAAUUUUUUAAGGUAAUCUUUCAAAAAACUUUCCUUAGAACUAGAUAAAAAGGAGCACUUGAAAUAAGAUCCGUUCUU